AUGASUGAAACACCUUCAAGCAGUUAUUCUGUGAAUCAUCCAAACUCCUCUGAGAGUGAACAGAGUUUGUCCAUGCGCCAUUUCAAUGUUACAGAACCGGUUGUGGCAAAAAGGAUUUGUUUCUAUAAAAGCGGAGAUCCCCAGUUUAAUGGGAUCAAAAUGGUAGUUAAUAACAAGUCUUACAAAACAUUUGACGCCUUGCUGGAUAGUUUAUCCAAACGCGUCCCUUUGCCUUUUGGAGUAAGGAAUAUUAGUACACCCAGAGGGAGACACAGCAUCACCAAUUUGGAGGAUCUCGAAGAUGGAAAAUCCUACAUUUGCUCCCAUCAGAGRAAAAUGAAGCCCAUCAACCUGGAGCAGGCCAGCAAAAAGCCACUGCCCUGGCAGAUCAGCAGGCCUGUCAGCGCUCGUCGUCGAGCUGUGCAAUUAGCAAGGCAGAAUGGAGAUGGGUUUGGCCAUCGAGAAAGCAGGAUAACAACUCCCAAAAAGAUGCUUGUUUUCAAAAAYGGGGAUGUAAGACUUAGGCGCACCAUAGUUUUGGGAAAGAAAAAUACACRAACAUUUGAGGCCUUUCUGGAUUAUAUGAGUGAGUUAAUGCAAUACCCAGUUGCGAAACUCUACACCACCGAUGGCAGAAAGGUUCCUAAUCUUCAGGCCCUGGUAUUGUGCUCUGGAGCUGUAGUCGCAGCGGGGAGAGAGCCUUUCAAACCAAGCAAUUAUGAAUCUCUUGGGUAUUUGCGGCCUGCUAAAUUGCUUGGAAUUGGAAAUCGUGUGUACCCAAAAGCAAAUGCCAAGUCAGAAAGUGAAAAGAUGAGAGCUGAAAUGGACYCUAGCUCAAGAUCUCAGAUAUUCUCGGUUUCUUCUGAUAAGGGAUCCAGCAAUGAUAACAACUCAAAUGAUAACAACUCAGAUUCUUCCUAUGUUCUUGACAGUCAAAAUGGGAUAGAAGGAAGUCGGUCAGUUAUCGGUGAAGAUUUAUCUGUGGCACAGUAUCAAGAUGACAUUGAGAAAUCUGUUCACGUUAAUCAAGAYGGCAGCAUCACAGUGGAAAUGAAAGUUCGAUUCAAAAUUAAAGAGGAAGAAACCAUUAAGUGGACAACCACUGUCAGUCGUGCUGGCCUUUCUGAUGACAAAAAUAUGUCCAUUUGCAAUUCUUCUGCAAUGAAUGUGGAAGAGWGCUCAUCCAAUGUGAAUGUAUCAGACUGUAUAAACCCAAAAGCUGCUCCGUUUUUGAAGAGCUACAAUAAAGAGGAAGACUCAUUACAGCAAUCGAAUGAGGAAGUGUCAGACAAAGAAUCAAAGUCUGAUGUCAAAACUGCUGAUUGUAAUGACUCUGAGAARAACAAUUCUGCAGAUUUAGACUUAAGCCAUUUACCUGAGGAAAAUACCAGGCCUCGUUUUUAUAGGCCUCCCACCCCUGGGCCAAGGCGUGUCAGACAAAAGAAAGCAGUGGUUGAAAGUGUCACCUUGGUGGCUGAGAAAGAGGUUCAAGAGAAGACAAUAAGACAGGUUUCCUACAGUGAGGAAAUAGAGAAUGGAGAAAAAACAUCUGAGUAUUGCAUGGUAGCUCAUUCAAGCAGAAAAAAAUCAAGUGUCUCUAAUCCAAAGUUUAAUGAGAUGAAUGACAAUGGUUUAUUAAAGCUUUCUUCAGAAAAYAUAAAAGAAGAAAAAAUGCUUUUGAAAGUAAGCCACAAAAGCAGUGAGUUAAUAGAAACUGCAAAUAGGAAAUCAUUAGAAGUGCCUGAUGAGGAUGAAUUGGCACAGAAUAUAUUGGAGAAAUCAGUCGUGGGACAAGGUGCUUAUAGUAGUUUAGUAUCAACCUCCAAAACUAAUAUCAGUGGUUUCAUACCAUCAUCAAAAACUUACGAGACAGCUAGGCCAGGUACAGCRGAUCACAUCUAUAAGUCAUGUGAAAUUAAACAAAUAAAAAGAUCAGUGAGUUCUUUCAUUACCUAUUCAGAAUUAUGUCAGUCAAAAGAAGAAAUAAAAUGCCAAGCUGCUGAUUUAAUAACUGUUUCUCAAGAUUCAGUGCACUCAGCCUCUCCUGGACACAGCCAGAUGAAGAUGGUGGAAYCUCCUACUGAGAAAGUUAAUCCGACAAAUGGAGUCUUUCCUACUGUUACUGAAAGUGAGAAUCAAAUCAGUGCCACGACUGAAUCUGUGACGAUGACACCUAUUGAUGACAGCCAAUCUGUAUCAUCCCUCACCAAAAAGAAAAAGAAGAAGAAAAGAAAUUCAUCUAGCUUUAUAGAGCAAGAUGCAUAUGAAAAUCAAAACCAUCAAGAAAUUUCAGAGAAAAUUAAAAGUGAGGGAUUGUAUACCACACAGGAUUCUACAGAAGAGGCUAUGGAUAAACAUUCUGAAAUGCCUCAGCAAAAAGGAUCUGAACAAUCUGUAAAAACCAAUUCAGACAAAUGCCUAUAUCCUGAAGAUGAGUUGCAUCACCAGGAUUCAGUGGAGCAAAAUGGAUCAUCAUCAUCUAAUAAAAAGAAAAGAAGUAAUAACAAGAAGCUGGCCAAGUUAAAAUUGACGUCAGGCAAAAAAAGUAGCAUCGUGAAGAGUGAAGAUGGYCUAAUGACAGUGGAGUCAAACAACGUAUCUGAGCACAGUCAGGAUAUACUUAGUGCUGAGAAARAAGGCACACAUCUUAUAACCAGUCCUGUCAAACAAACACCUAACUCAUCAGUGACUUCAAAGCCAGUGCCAGAAGUGCCAAGCAAUCUUAGCUUUGAAAAACAAAAGGAAAAGAAUAAUUUGGAACAUUCGUCAUCAAAGAAAGAGAAGAAACAAAAGACAAUGAAGAAAAAUCUAAGUAAAGGUGUAAAUAAGAUAAAUUUGUCAAAGGGUGCCAUUACACUAGAGGCUCUAAGCCACGGGAGUUUUCAAGAGGAGGUUGAACAUUCACGUGAGAGMUAUGUCCAAACUUGGCUGAAAAACUCUUUAUCAAAUUCUGUCUUACCCCCUAUAAAGAAAAAAGGGACUGUAGACAGUUCMUUUUCUAAAGAAAACACUGAUGCUUCUAUAGAUGAAGAAACUAGAUUUAUCACAAAUAAUGUGCAUAUUAGUGGAAAAAACCAUCUGCUUGAAGAUAAUCUAACAAAAAACCCAUUAAAACCUAUUGGUAAAUUGAGAAUUUCAGAAGAUUCAGACAAGGASUCAAGUGAGAGACAAACUGGGUCUUUCAUUCAUUCAAAUACAUCUAUUGUAGAAAAAGCCAAGUAUUCACUAAAGUCAGAAUUUCAUCAGAACGCUGAGCUACAUUUGUUUCAUGAAGCACRUGACAACGAUAAAAAGUUGGCAGAAGUUGAUGUUCAAGUUACCAACCUAUGUCAAAGAAAAAAAUCUGAAGUUGCUGUUCAAGCUGAUUGUACAAUUGUUAGUGAGAAAUUUGGAAUUGAUGUUCAGAAUAAUUGCAUGUCCAGCAUGUUGCUGCAUGAACUACAAUCAACUUUGCUUGGUCUGCAGAAUAAACACAGUGGAUGUAUAGGAAAARCUUGCAGCUUUUCAGAUCUUUCUCCUUCAGCUUUUGGCUCUUCCUCCAAUGCUCUUCUAGCCUGGCUACUGUUACUGAAUCUGAGAGAGAGUUUGAUUGGGACAAUCACAGAUGAUAUGCAAAAAAAUGCCUGUAGCUGUUCUGAAAUGUUUGCACAGUUAAAAUGUCUGAAACAAAAUGCCGUUAUAGAACAAGCAGAUGAGCUGAAARCUGUCGUCUCACAUCUCCAACAAUCAACAGAAAAUAAGUUAUUACACUUUAGGAAGGAACYUGAAAAGCAGGACACCACACAUGAGAAUAUGCCUAUAUCUGAAAUUCAUAAUUGUAUACAUUUGCAUGAACAAGAAGAAUCAGUUGAGCCUUGUGUUGCAAUGGACAUUGUCAAUUCKGAAGAAGCUCUAAAAUUAACUGGAGAAUCAGAAAGAUGUUUUGAUACAGAGAAGGAUCUUUGUAAAGAAACAGAGACUUCAGACAUUAUUGCCCCCACAACACAGCUAGAUGGUCACUAUGCCAAUACUAAUUCAAAUAYUUGUAGCCCUCCAUCAGCUAUAGAGACAUCAGAAAGAAAUGAAGAAAUGCCUGAUCGCCUGAAUGAAAAAACUCAAGGUAAACCCAUUGAUAUGUCAUCCAUUAAUGAAGAGUCAGAAUCUUCAGUAGAACCUAACUCCACAGUUCAUAGUAUAACUUCUAAUGAUAAUAAUURUAUUUUAGAUCAGGAUACUUCUGAGUUAGAAGGUGAGAAGGAUAAUGUACCUGUAAAUACUGAUAAAAGUGAAGAUGAGUCUGUUGAUCCAAAGUCAGUAGACACUGACAAAACCCCAAAAAACCAAAUUACGCUAGAUGCAGAAACCUCUUUAGAAUAUAAUAAUGAGGAUUUUUCUAUACAAGAUGACAAGGAAGAUGCAGAAAUAUCUGAAGAAACCUCYGAGAGGUUAUCUACAGUCUCUCCAUUAUCAUUUCGUUAUGAUUCGAAGCAAAUUAAUGAAUGUGACAUGACCGAAGGAGAACAGAAAUUGCAAGUAGAGGAACUGGAGAAUAAAAUGUGUUCCGACGCUUCUCAAUUAAAAAAAUGCUUGAAAAGUCCUGCUACUUCGGACUUGUCAGAUUACAGACCAGAUACUGAAGAGAGUGAUAAYAACCGUAGGGAAUCCAGUGACUUGACCAAUGAAAGUGGAGAGGAAGCACUUGAAAAACAUUAUAAUACUGGCUAUGUAAAGAGAACUAUUGAACGACUCUAUGGCAAGACAGAAGCUUCAUUUAAGCCUGACUUUCACAAAGGAUUUCCUUAUAUGUCAAAAGCAUUUCAAACAGAUACUGAAGGGUUCCACUCUGCAGUGGGGGAGAAAAUAAUUUAUUUUUCUCAAGAGCCUAUGUCUUAUUCUGCAGAGAAAUUAUCACAUUCUUCACUACCAUCMCAAGAACAUCCAGUAAACAAAGAUAACAGUAUAUCGAGAAGAGAAAAUACUCCUUUACCAACACCACAAUCUACUCUUAACAGAGAAGAGACAAGUUAURCUAAUGAUGGUUUAGGGGAAUCUCCAAAUCACCCUUGUCAACCUAGCAUUCAAGYUAGUGAAGAUGAAGGAAUAUUGAUAGAUAAAGGCAAAUGGCUCCUGAAAGAAAAUCAUUUGAUAAGAAGAUCACCACCAGAACAGACUGGAAUGUAUGGUAAUUUGGAAACAACAUCAAUGGAAAGUGAUGAAGUUCCAUACUCUCACUUUGGCCAUCUGGAUCAGUACCCCGCUCUUGAUGAGAUUCCUUCUUCAGAACUUGAAGACAUGGUUAAACCCCCUGAAAAUUUCUGCAGUUAUUUCAAUAUGCCUCAUAAUAGUGAUUCAGACCCCUUUCAGGAUGAGUUAAAUACAAAAGGCAGACCUAGUCGCAAUGGUAAGAUCCUUCCUGCAGAAAACAUCGAAAAGACCAAUCCAUCAGCCAGGGUAGGUUCUSCUUCCACACAGGCUGACACCAAUUUUCCAGCCUUUUCAUCUGUAGAAUUUAGAUUGCCUGAUAACAAGGUGCAUCCAUUGGAAAAGCCUUUAAAUGCUGUGCCCAUAGAGUCUCAGCCAACUGCUGUCARUAAUGUCAAUAGAAGCGAUCGUCACGAAGAAGAUUCUCUGGACAGACUCCAUGCUAUAUGUGGCCAACAUUGUCCAAUACUGAUGGUAACAGUAAUACCAAUUAAUGAGGAACAGAGAGGAUAUGCCUACCAAAAGGCAUCUGAUAUUGAAAACCAGCUGGGUCUAUAUUUGCUGGCCAAAAAGAGAGGAUGUUUUGAAUGGUCAGGUCAAGACCUGACAGACAAAAAGAAUAAUGUGACUUUGAAGAAUAACUCUAUCAAUAAGAUUGCCAAUAAUAUUUUUAAUAGGUUUUAUGCUGACAACACCUUAGAUUUUAUUARUAACUUUGGAAUACUUGCAUCCUCAACUCUGAAAGAAACAAAUAAUUUAGGGGAAUUACACAUUACAGAGGAUAUGAAUAUCAACCCAAUGGAAGUCAGAAAUUGUCAAAAUAAUGUACCCAGACAUCUACCUGGUGAUCUUGUCAGAGGCACAAAUACUGGGCUACCCAAUGGAAAGACAAAAAUAUGUCAAACCUUAAGAAUAAAUUUCAUUUAUAUUGUUGGAGAAAAAUUUUCUCCCAUGUUGGCAGAUCCAGCAGAAACCUGUCAUUCUGAAACAUUUUUGAAAUGUGACACUUCCUUAAACAGCAUUGAACAGAAAGCCUCUGAAAAUCUGAAAAACAAAAAUGCCUUUCCUACAGAAGRAGAAGAAAAGGAAGAAGAAGUUUGCUUUUAUACAAUGAAAGAUGGAAACCAUAAAGAUAAGGAAGAGUUUSUUUUUUCGGAAGUUGUAUUAUACCGUCUUUGUGUCCAAACUGGUGAUUUGGAAAAAGAUUCUUCAGUUUAUUUGUGUAACUAUGGAGAAAGAGGAGAUUCUGGUCUAAGACUUCUGCAUAAAACUGGUAUACCAGUGAAAUUUCAGAGAGCAUUGGUCAGUGUUUUAUUUUCCCAAGCUGUAUCUCUUGGGAAGCUGCAGAAGGUGCUGUUGCACUAUGAGGCUGAUACCAAGCCCCAGCUUUGGUAUUGUGAUAAAAUCAUUGUCAGAGAAGCUGAGAACAGCUCAGAUUAUGUUUUCAAUUGUGAAAGGUGGUUUCCAUUUUUGUCCCAAGSUAUAAUCCAUUCAGAAAUUGAGCUGUACCCCCAAGAAGGAGACUGGAAGAUAACUGUAGUCACUGGAGAUUUUGAAACAGCUGGCACAACAGCAGAAGUAUCCCUUUACACUUMUGGAGAAAACAAAGCUUCUGGUCCUAUUGUUUUGGGAUCUGGGAAACAGCAGCUGUUUAAUCCCAACAGUGAAGACACAUUUAAGGUUCCACAGAUGGAUAUUUUCCGCAUUAAGGCAGUCUCACUGGGAGAUUUGGAGAAAGCUCUGAUUAGCCAUGAUGGAAUAGUUCCAGUCUUUAAGUAUGUUGUCUCUGCACAUAUUGGUGAUCACUGGGGAGCAGAGAGUUUUGCAAAUGCUUGUAUCACCCUCUGUGGCAAAAGAGGGRACACAAGUGUGAGGAAACUUCAUGCAUCUUUAACCAAAGGAAGAAAAUUCCAAAGAAACAAGGAUGAGCUGGCAGAUAYUGGCUCAGUGUACAAAGUUCAGGUAACUGGCCCACACAGUGAGCUAAAACAUCCAUGGCACUUGGAUUUACUGCACAUGAAACACACAGRCACGAAGGAAGAGAUGUAUUUAGCUUUUGACUGCUGCUUCAACCCUAAGGAAGAAAAAUGUGUGGAGCUGCCAGCUCUCUAUGCAGAUCAGGAGCCUUUGCCUGUUCUCUACAUCACUACAGGAGCUAUCCCAGGGUCAGGAAUGGAUGCAGGUGUGUGUGUCAUGCUGCAAGGCCCCUUGGGAGACACAGACAGGAGAAAGUCAAUGAGAAAAGAUGAUAAAUYCACUAAAGGAAAGGUGGAUAUUUUUCAAGUGGAAGCAGCAGAUAUCAUUAUUCUGCAAAGGAUGGUUGUUGAAAAAGGGAGAGGCUCUGACUGCCUUCUGGAGAUUAUUGUGAAGGAACCAGCAUCUUCAGGGACAGAAAUUGUGCAUUUACCAUCUGAUUUGGGAAUGCUUUAUAAAGUGAGACUUGGUCUCCAGAGCUUGGAAAACAUAUCCCAGUUGUCUCGUUGUCACUUUGAAAUACAGAACACAUCAACCCUGGAUACCGUUAGUCUCGCCAUAAAUAAAACACUUCCUCUUUCUCCUAAUGGAGACAGAUGGAUUGAAUUCCCUACAUGA